AUGGAGAUUGUCAAUCAAAUGAAUUCAUAUGGUGAAAGAGUUGAACAAAAGAGAAUUGUUGAGAAAAUUCUACGUAGUUUACCAGAAAAAUAUAAUACAAUGGUGGGAAUAAUCGAAGAGACAAAGGAUAUCUCUAAAAUGAGUGUCCAAGAAUUGAUAGUCAUGGAGAAUCAUCAAGUAAUGAACAAACAAGAGGGGAAUCAUCAAGAGGUGGUAGACAAGGAAGAGGAAGAGGUAGAUGAAGAAAUUCAUCAAGGGGUAAUCGAAGAGACAAAAGAUAUCUCUAAAAUGAGUGUCCAAGAAUUGAUGGGUUCUUUGAAAGCGCAUGAACAAAGUCAUGGAGAAUCAUCAAGUAAUGAACAAACAAGAGGGGAAUCAUCAAGAGGUGGUAGACAAGGAAGAGGAAGAGACUUGGAGGAAAAUUUGCUAAGUGUUGAACAACUUGUGGAACAUGGAUAUGCAGUCCAUUUUGAAGCUAACAGCUGCACCAUUCAUGACAGAAAUGCAAAGCAAGUGGUGGAAAAAAUUCCAAUGGAAAAUAAUCGAAGCUUCCCACUCACAUUCAACUAUGCUAGAAAUGUUUCUUUGAAAGCUCAUACGAAUGAUGAAUCAUGGUUGUGGCAUAGAAGACUUGGGCAUUUGAAUUUUCAUAGUCUCAAAGUACUUCACCAAAAGAAUAUGGUCCAAGGACUUCCAAGUAUUGAGGAAAUACAUGAUGUUUGUGAGGGGUGUGCACUUGGGAAGCAUCAUCGGCAACCUUUUCCUAAAGGAGUUGCAUGGAGAGCCAAAGAAAUGUAG